UACACGAGUUUGAAGAAGUACAGGUUGCGUUUAGCAAGAUGUGGAACCUUUCAGUGGAUAUGGAAGCCGCGCCAAGAGAAUCAAGGAUGCAGAACAAGGAAAGCGAUAUUGGUGUCAGAAGAACGGCGAACAAAAAGCGUUAUCAAAACCUUCAAUCAAUCAUGCAGAUUCCAGAGCAUUUCACAGAAUUGUCUAUUCGGAUGUUUGACGCACUUGACGACAGUGGAGCUGGGAAGGAAACUGUAUUGGAGCGGAGGAGAACUUUCUUGCGGAGGGAGCACAUUGAGAAAAUAUUAGAGCAACUACAAGAAAAGAACCUUGAGUGUUUUCAUUUCGGGAGCCAGUCGGAAGGGACCACAACUCCCGGUCUCCAGUCUGAUAUUGAUUUUCUACAUAGUGCCAACAUAAUCAAUAUCAUGACAGUCUGGGAAGACUGGAGGACUGGGAUGUAUAACCUUCUGAUGCUCCGUGACGACACCACUCCACCUCAACAGUACUUGCUACAAGUCAUCCAAGACUACACACCGGAACCAGUGACCAGUCUGACCGAUGACUGGUUCGUAAGGAAAGAUUCUGGGCAAAUACUGUUCAGCGCUGAAAGAUGGAAAAAUGUAAUCGCGUAUGAGGCAAGAGAUCGAGGGGAGGCAACUUAA